GCAACGACGCAGAUGAGCUCUGCACGCACAUAUCAGAGAGCAGGAGGAAAUAAAAAAAGAGACAAAUAACAUGUUAACCAAAGGAUCAGACCUCACAGGAGACUGGAAUCUGAGCAGAUAGGACGCAAGAAACAGUGAGCGUUUUGAUGAGCUCUGGAGAUGAACUGCUGCCAAAUGUGGGAUGUGAGGCUGUGGGCGUUGAUGAUGGUGGUCUGUCUCUGUCACUGCGUCUUCGGACAGCUGUUUGACACCAAAGUGAGAGGAGCGCCGCGUCUCAUCUGCAGCGUCCCCGGGUCCCCGGGCCCCGCCGGCAAACCGGGUCCCGGUGGGCCCCCGGGAGCCGAUGGGAAUGCUGGUAUCCCGGGAAGAGAUGGCAGGGAUGGCAGGAAGGGUGAAAAGGGAGAAAAGGGAGACACAGGGUUGAAGGGCAGAGUCGGCCCAACAGGGAAGAUCGGAAGCCGAGGCGACCGUGGCCCUGCAGGUAAACAAGGCCCUGCAGGAGAGCAGGGAAGCCUUGGCCCUCCUGGAUCUCCCGGCACUGGAGAGAAAGGGAACCAGGGCCAAAGAGGACCAAGUGGAACCCCAGGAACCUGCAAGUGUGGCAGCCUGGUGCCCAAAUCCGCCUUCUCCGUGGGAAUCACCAGCAGCUACCCUGCAGAGAAAACCCCCAUCAAGUUCAACAAGGUCCUGUUCGACGAGGGCGGCCACUACAACCCUCGGACGGGCAAGUUCAUCUGUGCAUACCCAGGCAUUUAUUACUUCUCCUAUGACAUCACGCUGGCCAACAAGCACCUGGCCAUCGGGCUGGUGCACAACGGGCAGUAUCGCAUCAAAACCUUCGACGCCAACACGGGGAACCACGACGUGGCGUCCGGGGCCACGGUGAUGUCCCUGAACCCGGAGGACGAGGUCUGGCUGGAGAUCUUCUUCCACGACCAGAAUGGAUUAUUUGCAGACCCCGGCUGGGCCGACAGCUUGUUCUCCGGCUUCCUGCUCUAUGCAGACACCAACUACUUGGACACACUGGCAGAGGACUAUUCAUAAAACCUGUUGUUUUUAUUACAUAUAUGGUCAAACUAUAUUUUUAUACAGAUGUGUGUACUGCUAGUUAUGUAGCUAUAGAGACCUAUCUACUGAUUUCAAAUUAUAUUAUUUGAUUAAGCUUGAAUAAGUUUCUGAUGUAUUUCUUUUGGCUGGGUGUUGGAUCAAUAAUAACUUAAAUAAACAUUGUU